AUGGCGACACGGCUAGCGUCUCAUUACCCUGACACAAUUGAUGACGACACGAAGCAGAUGCGCGUUCCGACAGCGACAGCGACCGCUGUCGUUCUCGGCUUCUUUGGUCAUCUCUGCGAACCUGCUCACAUGAGCGAUCGCGAUUCUGUCUCGACAAAACUACACCGCGUACUGGAGGGCUACGACAAAACCAUCAACAGCCUGAAACAGCGUGGGUUAAUGAAGAUCAAUGAAGGAAAGCAGGAUCUGAAGGCUGGUGGGUUCGGAGCCGUGGCAUUUAUGUUGAUGACUCUCAAACCUGUGAAGAAGGGCCAGAAGUGGUGUAUAAUGUCGUUCGGGUGGCGUUUUUUUCGUGGUUAUGUGGAACUUGAUGCCGGUCUUGUUGUGGAAGAACAAGGGCACAAAGGGGACCAAACGGGGACUGAAAAUUUCUGCAAACACGUGUAUGCAAACCCGUACGAGCCUUCAAAGGGCACUAUACUUGCUCUCGCCGUGCAUUUAUUUUCCUGUCCAGAACGUUGUCGGUUGCUGCGUCGCGUAAUUAAGUCUUUUAACGAAGAGGGGUCGCGCGUACUGGGCUGUGCUCCUGCUGACAUCGGCACCCACAGUCAGCGCAAAGGCGGUAGUUCUUAUGCGCUGGGGCGACUGAAGAACAGGUAUACACAUUUCGGGGAGGGAGCUGACCAACUGAGAAUGAUAGCGGGAUUGCCGUUUGAUUCGGAGCGAUUUGACUCGACUAUCCUAUUUAUGCUGGCCUCUCUUAUUCACCACGAACAAUAUCUUCGUCACGCGCUGUGUCCACAGCAUCCGAUCUUCAAAGCAAGAGUUUUUUCAGCCAAUAGGCUCCUUCAAGUGCAGCGUGGUGCUACCAUCCUAGUUAUUGGUACGUCACCGGUGUGUGGAUUAAAGGCGACUGGAAUUCCAGCACAUCUUGCUACCGUUAAGCAAGUAAAUGAUUUACGAGACCACGUGGCCAGUCUACAUUCCGAUAUUGACGAUCUCAAGACCGGAAUUGCGCAGAAGCUACCAAAUGAGGUUGCUAUGAAAGUUUAUAGCGAGUUGCGGCAGCACUUUUGUGAUGAAUGGUGUCGCUCACGUUCCCUGAGAGAUCUUGAGCGAAGGAUUGACGAUCUUCGAGCCAAUAUGGCUGCUGAAUUUCGAUCCAUUUUUAGUGCGAAUUAA